CCACCACCACCACCACCACCACCACAAUCUUGCUAACUCUUCACUCCUCCACCACCAUCACCACCACCUGCUGCUCCUCCGCGCUGCCUCUCCCGCCUGACACAAGAUGGCUACCACUUUAAGUCCCGUAGUGAAGGGGUACCCACAGCGGCGACCCUCCAUGGACGCCUUCAAGCAGCAGACUAAGGUGGAGGCGAGAGUUCAGCUUAGCCACGAACUAGACCGACUGCUGCUCACGUCCCCUGCUACACUCAAGGAAAGCGCGAGGAAGGAGUUCGAAGGCUUUGAGAAACUGUUCGCUCGCUUCAUUUCAGAUUUCGAGCCUUCUAUACACUGGGACGAGAUUCAAAAGCUGGAGGAAGGCACGAUUCGAAGCUACAGCGAGAUACAAGGAGUGAGCGCAACGAAAGCUAAAUCGUUACUGGACCGUCUUGUUGUAGUGAAGCUAAACGGAGGAUUGGGGACUUCCAUGGGGUGUAAAGGACCUAAAUCUAUCAUCCCAGUGCGCUCUGACCUGACCUUCCUUGACCUGACCGUGCAGCAGAUCAAGCACCUCAACGAGAAAUACAACAGCGACGUUCCUCUCGUCCUUAUGAACUCCUUCAAUACAGACGAGGAUACUCUGAAGGUCAUCAGGAAGUACCAAGGCAUCAAGGUCAGCGUACACACAUUCAAGCAAUCACGGUACCCAAGAAUCAACAGAGAAUCACUUAUGCCCCUAGCGAGGACCUGCAGUGAUGAGGAAGCAGAGAGCUGGUACCCGCCUGGCCACGGGGACUUCUACAACGCUUUCAACAACUCAGGUCUGCUUGACGAGUUUCUGAAGCAGGGCAAAGAAUAUGUGUUCAUCAGUAAUAUAGACAACCUCGGCGCCACAGUUGACCUCUCCAUCCUCAACUUCCUGGUGGGGGAGGAGAAGUCAGGUCACUGUCCCUUCCUGAUGGAGGUCACCGACAAGACGAGGGCUGAUGUGAAGGGCGGAACACUCAUCAGACACAAAGAUGGGCUGCGUUUGCUGGAAAUUGCUCAGGUUCCCAAAGACCACGUGGACGAGUUCAAGUCGGUUAAAAAGUUCAAGAUUUUUAACACGAAUAACUUGUGGAUUAAACUUAGUGCAAUAAAGGAGGUGAUGACAGAGGGAGGCCUGGAGAUGGAGGUGAUCGUUAACAACAAGACUUUAGACUCUGGCGUGGGAGUCAUUCAGUUGGAGCAGGCAGUGGGGGCAGCCAUCAGGAGCUUUCACGGGGCCAUGGGACUCAACGUACCGAGAUCCCGUUUUCUACCAGUGAAGAAAACGGAUGACCUGCUUCUGGUAAUGAGUAACUUGUACAGCAUGCAGCAGGGGACUCUCGUUAUGUCACCCCAGAGGCAAUUCGAUACCACCCCGCUUGUUAAGUUGGGGUCGUCACACUUUGGGAAGGUCAAGGACUUCCUCAAGCGUUUUGGCACCAUUCCUGACAUGCUGGAGCUAGACCACCUCUCUGUAUCUGGUGAUGUGACCUUCGGACGAGGGGUGGUUCUUAAGGGCACUGUCAUCAUCAUCGCCAAUCAUGGAGAUCGUAUUGACAUCCCGGCUGGCUCAAUUUUGGAGAAUAAGAUUGUUUCUGGCAACAUGAGGAUUCUGGACCACUAGAGAGAGAGAGAGAGAGAGAGAGAGAGAGAGAGAGAGAGAGAGAGAGAGAGAGAGAGAGAGAGAGAGAGAGAGAGAGAGAGAGAGAGAGAGAGAGAGAGAGAGAGAGAGAGAGAGAGAGAGAGAGAGAGAGAGAGAGAGAGAGAGAGAGAGAAAUGGUAUCUUUAAUUUCUAUGUAGCCAGAAAGAGAUUACUGUAACACACACACACACACUUAAUCAAAUCCACCACCACUACCACCACCACCACCAUGCACACACACACACACUGCCACCAACCUUACACUCUAGCCACAAGGGACACAGCACAGCCUCUCUCACUGCCUACGGACACACUGCAGGCUAGUCCCUCCCUCAGCAGCAAGUCUGGCCCUCCCAUAAACUGAAGGAAAUAAAAUUAAUGUUAAUAUAAUAGAGAUUUGAUAUAUUAAAUUGUUUAUGUAUGUUUUCAUUGUACUGGUUGAGGAAAGUUAAUGUAAUUGUUAUUGUUGAUAUUCUUAGUGAUUAAAAAAAAAAAGAGAGAGAGAGAAAUGUUUAAUAUAAAGACACAGAAGUUUAAGUGAAUGAAGAAUACAGUAAUUUUAAUAACACUAAAUUAAUACCAGUCUUUACUCUUGAGGUUUACAAUGAAAGAGAUGGUGAUUGAAAAGCAGUGAAAUAACACCAAUGAAACAAUAAAAAAUUAUGUGACAUUUCAAUAAAUACUAUAUCAAAA